AUGUUCGCCAUUGACCGACUCCUACACCUCGUCGAGCAGGCGCUCCCGCUGGGCCGAGACGAGUGGGAGCGCCUUGUGGUGACCUACAACGCUGCUCGCGCCCGUGGAGCACCGGAGCGCGACUUCGAGAGCUUGAGGCGCAAGUUCAAGACGCUGUAUAGUGCUCGCAAGCCGACGCGCAUGCCGGAGAUGCCGCCACGCAUCAAACGCGCCAACGAGGCCAAGCAGGCCAUUGACGACAAGGCCAAUGUCAUCGAGAUCGACGACGAGGCCGGCCGCGACCAGGGCUUCGUGGAGCCCGACUUCUCGUUCGAGGCUGACCCCGACGACGACGAC